AUGGCUGACGCUGCGGAUCAACCAUCCACUAGCAAUGAAGACGAUUACGGAGAAGCUACAUACGCGAUGAGUAGGCAUAGAAAAAAUAAAAUUCUCGUUUGGAAAAGUAGAGAGCACGAGGGAAGAGUUUAUGAGUUUACAUUGGCAACUCGAUUCAAAAUGGAUGGUGUUUUCUCUUGGCGGUGCUUACAAUGUUCUUUAAUCAAGGAUAAGAUGAAACGCAAUGGGGAAUCGGUAAAAGAUAAAAAGGUACCUUUGCUUCUUGUUGAUAACGAUGUAUUAAAAGAAAAUCCUGAUCGACCUAAUAAUGCAGCUCAUUUUUGUGAGGGUAGAGAUCUUGUUGAAUCUGCAGUUUUAAGAUCUAAAUUAUUGUUUUAUGAAGCUCAUGAAAAAUCGUUGAUUGAGCCCACAGAUGUGGUAAAAGAGUUUGUUGAAGAAGCUGCUAAUACAGCUCCAUUCCAACUGACUCCUGUCCAAAAAAGGUCUAUUCAAGAGUAUGUUACUGAAAACGUGGCGAAAAUAGGAAUGAAAAAAACCUUGUUGAGGCGGAGAAAAACUGUCGGGGCGAAAAAAAGUGCUAAGCCUCAUAUUGUAUAUGAAAAAUUCAUUCAAUCUUCGUUCUCAUCACCAAAGCCUAUGAAGACACGGUGUGACUCAGACAUAUCUUUCGACGAAACAGACGAACUAAUUGAUGUCGAAGAUGUAGAAGGUGAGAUUGAUAUUCUCAACAAUCUUGGCUCCAGGAAGUACUGUAAUUCCUUCAUGAAAGUAGAGCUUCAGCAGAAAUAG